AUGACAAAGACUUCCAAUACUGAAAGCAGAAUCAAGAAGUCUUGGGUAUUAGCUUUCGAGAGUGAUUUCGACUACCUCUAUGAGAUCGUUACAACAGCAAGAGAAUGCCAAAAGAUUUUAAAGCAAGUUGCAGAAGAGAGAACCAAGCAUGAAGCUGAGAAUGCAGAGCUCAGGAGUAGAAUUGAGGAGUUAGAGAAUGGUAGGAUGGAUACGGUUGCUGAGUGUGAGAAGGCGGAUAUGAGUGGAGAGAAGUCAUUGGAGGAUAAGAAGACUGAUGCUUCCUUGGAUGAGGUACAUAAAUGGGUUGAUACAUGUGAAGCUAAAGUAGAUGUAAUCAAAGCCAAUAGAGAAUUCAAAAGUCUGUAUAAAGAUUUUAUGGCCAAAAAUAAUGCUGUGAAGAAAAAAGCAAAGGGACAAGUAUACUAUCUUCGCGUAAAAUUUUAUGCCGAGAAAAAAAGAUGGGCCGGCGAAUGCUUCCGCAGUGACUUGGAGAGUGAUACGCGAUUUUACCGUGGUGCAAUGGAGAGAAAGGAAGAUCCUAGAAAAUAUUAUACUUCAUUUCUAACUCGCGAUAUGUUGAUCGGUGAAGAGCUAUUGCGUCGAAUGCGUCGUGGUAUUCUAGAGAGCCGUUGAAGUACUGCAUAGCUCGAUGAUCUUAUGAAAGAAUGAGAAAAAAACCAUACCCAGUUUAUACAAAUCUUUGCUCAAGUCUAAAAUGCGCAGAGACAAAAAUUUUUUCUCGCUCCAGAACGUGACACGUUUUAUUUAUCUGAGCCUAAUAUCAAUAUAAAAGCACUGUCUGAAACUAGUACUCCCGCCUCUACCUCCACUUCUGCUACUACACUUGGAAAUGAGACACUCAACUUGGCGGACGAAGUUAAAAAAUAUAAUACGGCUCAAGACUACCAAACCCAUGAAAUUCAAGACAUCAACAAGCAUUUUAAGCAUUGCGUGGAGAAUAUUUUGUUCAGGAUGA